AUGAACGCUAGCUAUUACAAUUUGGAUAAUUUCCAGUCCUAUAGAAUUGCUAAUGAUAAGCUAGGCCGGAAAAAUCUGCAUGUCAUCAGAACGCAUCAUUGUGUGGUGGCCAGUAGUAGACCAUUUACGUACCAUGUUGAAGGGAGAAAAUGUUACAAAAAACCUGAUAUUUACGCCAAAGUGUCCUUUGGUCCAAUUGUGUCUGCCUUCGUUAUCCAUAAUAAAGAGGGGGUAGUGGCACUAGCACUGGCAAAUGUUACCGAGCACGGUUUGACUGCUGCUGUCUUGACGGAAAAUCUGCAGCAUGGAUUGCGAGUCGCGCAGCAAACCCAAUCAGGGCAUGACUCAAUCGAAAGAUAUAUUUGGAUACCGAGUACUGAAACCAAUCAUAGCGCCAUGCAUAUGAACACUUUGACCUCUCACAGGCGAAUGGAAAUCCCGCUGAUUAUUUAG